CCUUCUCUUUGUCGUUAAGCUUACGAACCUACAUAGCGUGCACGCUCCUGACAAAUUUGCUGAUUUUUUUGUUAUUUCAACGAAAAAGUUCAAAAACGCUAUACGCAAUGGCCGAUAAAGUUGCUGAACAAAAAUCUGAAAAAAACACUGUUGAAGAAGUAUGUGAAAAGGUGUGUGAAAAACCCAAAGUUGUGGAAAUUGUUGAGGAGGAGGAAGAAUCCAAAGUGGAAAACGGCGAUGCCAAAGCCGAAAAUGGAGACUCCAAAGACAAGAAAGAAUCUAAGAAAGAGGAAGAAUCUGAAAAGAACGGUGAUGAAGCCGAAAAAGAAGAUAAAUGUUGCAUAAAGAGAAAAUCCACCUCUGGUGAAGCUAAAGACACACCAGCUGAGGGCACCACACCAGAAAAGAAAGCCAAAUUAGAUGAACCUGCAGAGGCUGAAGUAGCAGCCUAAAGAAAUUUUAGAUUUAAGUUUUUAUAUGUAUAAUGGUAGGGUUAAGUUUAUGGUAGCUGCUGGCAACCCUAACGUUACACAUGUAUUUUAAAACAUGACACCACUAUCAUUUAGGAGAUUGCAUUUAUUUUAUUAUAAAAAAUUAUUUUGACUUUCAUGUGAUGUAACACUGAUGUUGAUAUUCUUUAUUUUUAAAAGUCUAAAGCAGUGUCUAGCGGUGCGAUUUGUACUUAAUUUUUACUUUAAUUGACAACUAUAUUAGUUCCCAGUAAAUUUGUCCUGUGUUGUGUAAUUGAAUGUAUUAUAUAGAAGUUUAUGGAUUCUGUUAAUGUAAAAUGUGGUGAAUCUCUUAGGAGCCAGCUCUGCCAUUACCUUACUAACAAAUGGUUUCUAAAUGUGUUCAUAUCAAACAUACUAAUUUUAUACUGCUUUCUUUUAUAAUAAAUUCAUUUAAGGGAUGUGUUGAAAAUUUGCCAACUAACAGUAUUUUAUGAUAUAAAUAUUUUUCUAAGCUAAAGCGACUUUACUUUUUGUGGAGCACUAAAAACAAUACCAAACAAAAGUGCUAAAUAUUUUGCUAUUGAUGCUAAUUUUUCAGUCAAGCUGAGUGUAUGCAAAAAAUAAAGCCACUUUAAUUUAGGUUGCAUGGUACAAAACGUUUUUGUAUUUUAUUAGCAGAAUGGCAAUAAAGAGUUAGUUUCAAGUA